GAUUGCAGUGAAAUCGAAGCGUGUGGACCGCGCUUAACGGCCCCCGGGGUGGGUGGAAAAUGUCAACGGCGAAGGCACAACACAACAAACCAACAACAAAAGAAAGGGGCGUUGAAAGUGGAAGAUGGAGCUGGAGCCAAGUAAAGUAGUCGAUUUCCAUUAUGAGUACAAAAAUGUGGACGAUAAACCGGCAAAGUUGGUGUACGCGAUCGAGAUACCGUACCGGGGCAGUGUGGCCGAGCUAAGCCAUCAAAUUGUGACCGCCCGGAUGGAUCCGAUCAUGCAGUUCCUGAAGGCGGACCGGGAGUUACUCGGGGUGUUGCAAAAGUUUGUCGAGCGUGAAAAUCAAGUCUUCUACGAUGACCGGGAUGAGAUGUUGCUGGAGAAAUUUCGAACCAACGGGACACCGAACGUGGAUACACUGGCGCUGGACGUGGAAAAGCUGUACCGGGAGGAGCACCUCGAGUUUGCGGAACGGAUCGGACCAACGGAUGAGGAAAUUUUUGCUCAAAGCUAUCAUCAGCUGGUGCACUCGUCGCUGCUGCCGGAGAUCCUGAACAAAGAACGCGAGUACGCCCGAACGAUCGCUAGCCUGAGCACCCAGAUGACGCAGCAGAUCAACACGAUGAAUACGUUGCACCAGGAGGAGAUCGAAGCCAAGCUGAAGCUACUGGACAUCUCGAUUACAUCGGAGAACAUCAACCAUAUGCUGGCGAAACAGUACGGUAUGCAGAACAUGAUUCGCAAGCAGUGUGAGUCCGAGCUGGAGUCGACGCGCGGACAUCAGAAGCACGAGUACCGCCACUGGGUCACCCAGCACGUGGACGAAAGUUUUCUCGGCCAAUCGACGGAAAGUCCGACGCAGAUUGGCAAUCGCUGGUCAAUGAUCUCGGCGCAGACACCGUCGAUGGAAGAGAGCUUCACUAUCCACCUGGGUUCGCAGCUGAAGCACAUGCACAACAUCCGGAUUCUCAGUGCCCGUGUGGCCGAUCUGUGUAGUCCAUUGUACGGCGAGGGUUCAUUCGGAGGUCCGAAUGUUGCUCUUGGCCUGUACUCCAGCUCACUGUGUGGCAUCGUGGUACUGACACCGUCCGGUACGAUCAGUCCGGAUCGUGAGCUGCGACGCAAUGCCAACCUGUCGACGGAGUUCCAUUUUGAUCAGAUUGAUCGCCAGAUCGAGCAUAUCCAGGAAGAUCUGCGCAAUCUGCAACAUCCGUCAGGUCCGGCCGGGGUAGAAUUGAGUGGCGCUCAGUCGCUGGCUGCUGCCGGGAGGCGUCCUGAUCGAAACGUUGUAACGGUGAAACCGGGCGAUGCCUACAUUACACGCCACUCGAAUCUCUCCCAUUCGCACGUCAUCUUUCAUCUGAUUUCGGACGAAACAUUCCAAAGCCCUAGCGAAAUCAAUUCGCGGCAUCCGGUGAUACUGGGACUGAGGAACAUACUGAAAAUCGCCAGUCGACACGACAUUACCACACUGACCAUUCCGGCGCUGCUGCGGCAUGAAAUGUCGGAAGACAUGACCGUUAGCUGGUGUAUAAGAAGAGCGGAACUGGUGUUUAAAUGCGCGAAAGGAUUCAUGAUCGAAUCAGCCAGUUGGGGUGGAGCGGAACUGAAUACACUGCAACUUUUGUUGCCGCAUGAUAUGUCCGAGGAACUGUUUCGCACGUUGGCCGACAUGGUGCCAAACGUGUUUCGCGUUGCCAACCCAAAGAUACUUCAGUAAAACUGUGAAUAAUCAGAUGUAAAAAGCGCUGGGAGCGUCCGAAGAAAUAAAUUAAAAGAAAGCCAUAAAUAUAUUUUGAAGUGUUGCAACGAC